AGAGGAAAACCAUCGUAAUAUAUAAUGAGUGCUCCCGUAUCUGUAAAAGAUUAUGAAAAUAGUGCACGAGAAAAACUUCCAAAAUCUGUGUGGGAUUAUUACAGCAGUGGAGCUAAUAACGAACAAACAUUGUCUGACAACUGCAACGCAUUUAGCAGAUAUCGUCUGAGACCCCAUGUUCUUAAUGAUGUAUCAAAAGUGAACCUUGGGUCAUCCGUUCUGGGUACCCCAAUUGAUUUUCCUGUAUGCAUUGCAUCUACUGCAAUGAACAAGAUGGCGCAUCCAACUGGUGAAAUUGCUGUUGUGAAAGCUGCAGAAUCUAUGAAAAUAGGUUACAUGCAAAGUACUUGGGCUACCACCAGUGUGGAAGAUAUAACAGCUGCUGCUCCUGGAGCUAUUAGAUGGCUACAACUCUACAUAUACAAAAACAGGGAAGUUACAAAACAAUUAGUUCAGCGCGCUGAAAGACUUGGCUACCAAGGAAUAUUUCUUACAGUGGACACACCUAUAUUGGGAAAACGAUACAAAGACGUGAAAAACAAUUUUAGCUUACCGUCACAUUUAAGUUUGGAAAACUUUAAAGCCUUAGACCUGAAGGAGUUACAUACCGUGGAUGGGGAAAAUGGUUCAGGGUUGGCACAGAUGGUAGCAGCACUGAUAGACCCAUCUUUACAAUGGUCAGAUAUUGCUUGGCUUAAAACAAUCACAAGCAUGCCUAUUGUGUUAAAAGGAAUUAUAACAGGUGAGAUGGCUAAAAGGGCAGUGAAGGAAAAUGUUGCUGGUAUAUUGGUGUCUAACCAUGGAGCAAGGCAGUUAGAUGGUGUGCCUGCAACAAUUGACGCACUACGUGAGAUAGUUCAAGCUGUGGACGGGAAAUGCGAAGUCUAUUUAGACGGUGGCGUGCGAAAUGGAACUGACGUUAUUAAAGCAAUUGCGUUCGGCGCCAAAGCUGUAUUUAUUGGUCGUCCUGUGCUGUGGGGCUUAGCACACAAUGGUCAAGAGGGGGUGAGACAUGUUCUAAAAAUGUUACGAGAAGAAUUUAAAACUGCACUUCAACUUAUGGGAUGUACUUCCAUAGAAGAGUUGCAGUCUGGUGUUAACAUGGUCGUUCCGCAAUCCUAUUUCAACUCAAGCCUUUAAACCAAAUUUUGGUGUUUUUGGUUUUGCUUAAUAUUAUUUAAUUUUUAAUACAUCUGGCUGCACUAAAUGUUGGGGUCAUUUUUUUAUUUAGUUUAUUUUAAAACUAAAUUGUUGGUAUUUUUUUGUAAUUUAGUUUAUUUUGGUGUAACUAAUUGCACUAACUGUUUUUGUUUGUUAUUUUAUGUGAAACAUAUUUUUACAGAUUGUUUCUUUUACACUCUACUUUAUGACAAGUUUCCUAUCAUGUACAUCCAUCUGCAUUUAUUAUCAAUUCGCCGUUAGGAAAAUUUAACCUCAAAACUUAUACUGUGGGGGAAGAUGGGACACCUUGGCACAUAUUAUCCCAACCUUCUGAUCGAGUUGAUGAUAUGGUUUUAUACUUUUUAUGUUUUUUGUUUACUAACAAAUGAGACAAGAAACUGGGAUAAAAAGGUUUCCCAUAUUUCCCCACCCCACUCUAUGUCUUCACCAUAUAUAGUACUAUAGGGUUGGGUUGGGAUGCCUCACUUUAAUCUCCCAAUCGUGUUUGAAAGAGUUUAUAACACUUAAAAGUAACAGAGCUACGAAUAAAUGAUUCUGUUAAUAUUCGUUGUUUACUACCAAAUGAGACGAAAACAGGGAAUAAAAAAUGUCCUCGUCCCACUAUAUGUCUUUAUUUCUCUAAUUCUUAAACUUAACUACAGCAUUAUUUAAUCCUCUCUAAUUCUGAUUAAACUAUAACAUGGUUAAAGUCUGCAAUCUUCUAUGAAAUUCCGUUUGCAUGCAAUCAUUUUUAGUGUUUUGUCGUACACACAUACAUAUCCAGAAGCAAUAAAGUGUAACAAAUUGUGUUCUUAAUAAACUUUGGUAAAUCA